AGCACAGUUUCACCGCUUAUACAGUAAUAACGCACGAAACGGCUCAUAUGUGUAAAUAUCUGUUUAUUGUAUCAUUCGUGUGAUUUGAAGUUUUAUUAACAUCGUUUGUGCUUGGGCAAAAUGUAGAAUGUUAUUUUGAGCAAGGCGGGAGAAAAUAAACCACUCGGUUAGAUGACAGCGCGCUGCGGCUGAGAGAACCAGUUAUAGAUUUGUCUGUGGGAGAAGCAUCUGUGAUCCAGUGAGAUGGGGAACCAACUGGCUGGAAUUGCUCCGUCGCAGAUCCUUUCAGUGGACAGUUACUUCUCUGACAUCCAUGAUUACGAAUAUGACAAAAGUUUGGGCAGUACGCGCUUUUUCAAAGUGGCCCGGGCAAAACACAGGGAAGGACUGGUUGUUGUUAAGGUCUUUGCCAUCCAGGACCCUUCUCUACCCCUGACCAGCUACAAACAAGAGCUGGAGGAGCUGAAAAUCCGCCUGCACUCCUGUCAAAACUGCCUGCCUUUCCAAAAAGCCACGCUUACUGAAAAAGCAGCCAUUCUGUUUCGCCAGUAUGUCCGGGACAACUUGUAUGACCGUAUUAGUACACGGCCUUUCCUCAAUAACGUGGAGAAGAAGUGGAUCGCCUUCCAGCUUCUCAAUGCUGUGGACCAGGCCCAUAAAUCUGGUGUGCGUCACGGAGACAUUAAAACAGAGAACGUUAUGGUGACAAGCUGGAACUGGGUGCUUUUAACAGACUUUGCUAGUUUUAAGCCAACAUACUUGCCUGAAGACAAUCCGGCAGAUUUCAAUUACUUCUUCGACACGUCCAGGAGGAGAACAUGUUACAUUGCACCAGAGAGAUUUGUGGAUGGCAGCAUGUUUGCAACAGAAAGUGACCAGACUACUCCUCUCGUGGAUCUUUCUAGUAAUAGUCAAAGGACCAGAGGGGAGCUCAAGCAGGCCAUGGACAUCUUCUCAGCUGGUUGUGUGAUUGCGGAAUUGUUCACAGAGGGUGUUCCGCUUUUUGACCUCUCACAACUGCUGGCUUAUCGUAAAGGGCAUUUCCAAACCGAACAAGUGCUGAUGAAAAUUGAAGAUCACAGUAUUCGAGAAUUGGUGGCUCAAAUGGUGCAGCGAGAGCCAGAAAAGCGGCUGACAGCUGAAGAAUACCUCAAGCAGCAGCGAGGAAAAGCUUUCCCAGAAAUCUUCUACACCUUCCUUCAACCGUACAUGGCCCAGUUUGCCAAGGAGACCUUCCAGUCCGCUGAUGAAAGAGUCUUGGUGAUCCGUAAAAACCUGGAGAACAUCCUCAACAACCUGUGCAGCGGCGGACAGACGGUGAAGGCUGAAAAACAAGAGAAAGCAUCCCAGGAGUUUAGCUCAUCCAAAGAACAAGGCCUGGUGGUGCUGGUGUCAGUGAUCACUUCAUGUCUACAGACGCUUCGAUUUUGUGACUCCAAGCUGGCAGCGCUGGAACUGAUCCUUCAUCUGGCGGGCCGACUUAAUGUGGAGAUUCUGCUGGACAGGAUCACGCCGUAUUUGCUGCACUUCUGCAAUGACUCUAUGCCGCGUGUCAGAGCCGAGGCCGUUCGCACGCUGACUAAAGUGCUGGCUCUGGUCAAGGAGGUUCCUCGCAAUGAUGUCAAUAUCUACCCGGAGUACAUUUUGCCUGGCAUUGCCCACUUGGCCCAAGAUGAAGCCACAAUUGUCAGACUUGCUUAUGCAGAAAACAUAGCCCAUCUGGCCGAGACAGCACUGCGUUUUCUGGAGCUGGUGCAGGAGAAUAAUUUGAGCUCUGAACACGAUCUGAAUGGAGAGGACACCGAAGAAACUCUUCACCCCAAUGAAAACUAUGAUUCAGAGUUGCAGGCGCUGCAUGAGAUGGUUCAGCAGAAGGUGGUGACUUUGCUAAGCGAUCCUGAAAACAUCGUCAAACAGACGCUGAUGGAGAACGGCAUUACGCGCCUCUGUGUGUUCUUCGGCAGGCAGAAAGCCAAUGAUGUCCUUCUCUCCCACAUGAUCACCUUCCUCAACGACAAGAACGACUGGCAUCUCCGAGGAGCUUUCUUUGACAGCAUAGUCGGUGUAGCAGCAUAUGUGGGCUGGCAGAGCUCCUCAAUCUUGAAGCCUCUUCUCCAGCAAGGCCUGAGUGACGUUGAAGAGUUUGUCAUUUAUAAAGCUCUCAACGCUCUGACCUGCAUGUGUCAGCUAGGGCUGUUGCAGAAGCCUCACAUCUAUGAGUUUGUCAGCGAUAUUGCUCCUUUCUUGUGUCAUCCCAACCUGUGGAUCCGCUAUGGAGCUGUGGGUUUCAUCACUGUGGUCGCUCAGCACCUAAACAUCGCUGACGUUUACUGCAAACUUAUGCCACAUCUUAACCCUUUCAUCACACAGCCCAUUAUACAGAUUGAUAAGGAGAUUGUGUUGCUCAGUGUGCUGAAAGAGCCUGUAAGUCGCUCCAUCUUUGACUAUGCACUGCGUUCCAAAGACAUCGGAAGCCUUUUCAGACACCUGCUACUCCGGCAAAAGAAGCGCAACGGUUCCAUCCCAGAAUGCCCCAUUCCUGAGGAUCCAGCAAUUGCCCAGCUGCUUAAGAAACUUCUAUCACAGGGCAUGACGGAGGCUGAGGAGGAUAAGCUCUUGGCUCUGAAAGACUUCAUGCUCAAGUCUAACAAGGCCAAAGCCAACAUCAUAGACCAGAGCCACCUUAGUGAAGGAGCCCACAGCGGAGUCAUUGAUCUCGGGACACUGGGCAUCACUGGCCGACAAGUGGAUCUGGUUAAGCCUAAGCAGGAGAUUGAAGACAAGAGAGCUCGCAAACAUACGAAACAGGACUCCAACUUGAACGAAGAGUGGAAGAGCAUGUUUGGUUCUCUGGAUCCUCCCAGCUCGGCAUCCACGCCCUCGACGGUACCUAAUGUUGUAGUUGCGGGUGGUGGUGGGGAGCCCAAUGGAGGUCUGGCCGGAAAGCGCCUGCGAUCUGAGAGUUCUUCACAGACUCUUAACCUCCUUCAUGUUCCAUCCUCAGCCCAGAUUCCAGACAGUGGAGCCACGCAGCCACGGAAAACCAACGCGCUUCCUACUAUUCAAGUGGUUCAGUCGGUAACCGGAUCGUCCACGUAUCAGCGGCGCAUAACCACAUGUAAAGCAGAGCUGCAGCAGCUGGUGCAGCAGAAGAGAGAGCAGUGCAAUGCAGAGCGCAUGGCCAAACAGAUGAUGGAGAGCGCAGAGUGGGAGAGCAGACCUCCACUGCCAGGGUGGCAUCCAAAAGGUCUUCUAGUGGCCCAUCUACAUGAGCACAAAUCUGCUGUCAACCGAAUCCGAGUCUCAGACGAGCACUCCAUCUUUGCUACAUGCUCCAAUGAUGGAACUGUCAAGAUCUGGGACAGCCAGAAAAUGGAGGGCAAGACGACUACCACAAGGUCUGUGCUGACAUAUUCUCGCAUUGGAGGCCAUGUGAAAACACUGACGUUUUGCCAGGGGUCACAUUACCUUGCAGUCGCAUCAGAUAAUGGUUCUAUCCAACUCCUUGCAGUCGAGGCAAACAAGCCUCCCAAAUCACCCAAAGUCCAGCCCUGUCAGACAAGGUUUUUGGAUCCAAAGGAUGAGGGCUGUGUGGUGGACGUCCAUCAUUUUAACUCUGGCGCACAGACUGUUUUGGCCUACGCUACUGUAAAUGGCUUUUUGGUCGGUUGGGACCUGCGAAGCAACAGCAACGCGUGGACCCUUCGCCAUGACCUGCGCCUGGGCCUCAUCACUUCCUUUGCUGUUGACAUGCACCAGUGUUGGCUGUGUGUAGGCACAAGUAAUGGCACAAUGGCAUGCUGGGAUAUGCGGUUUCAGCUACCAAUUUCCAGUCACUCCCAUCCGGCCCGAGCUCGGAUCAGACGCCUUCUGAUGCAUCCACUGUAUCAGUCAUCUGUCAUUGCAGCCGUUCAGGGUAACAAUGAGGUGUCCAUGUGGGAUAUGGAGACAGGAGACAGGAAGUUCACCCUGUGGGCGAGCUCUGCGCCUCCGCUUUCGGAGAUGCAGCCCUCUCCUCACAGUGUACAUGGCAUAUACUGCAGUCCUGCUGAUGGAAACCCUCUCCUUCUCACAGCUGGAUCUGACAUGAGAAUCAGGUUUUGGGAUUUGGCUUACCCUGAGAGAUCAUACAUCGUCGCAGGCGGUGCUAAUGACUCCCUCCACUGCCCUUCUGUUUUCUACAACCGCAAGAUCAUCGAAGGAACAGAAGUAGUUCAGGAGAUCCACAGUAAACAGAAGAGCGGCUCCACCGAGGACACUCCUCGCCGUGGCCCAGAAUCCCUUCCUGUGGGCCACCAUGAUAUCAUCACCGACAUCGCCACUUUCCAGACCACGCAGGGCUUUAUAGUCACUUCCUCUAGAGAUGGCAUUGUCAAAGUCUGGAAGUGAGAGACACACUUUGCCAGCAUUUAUUAUAUGGACAUGCAGUACAUCCAAUCAAGUGGGAUGUACAUUUAAAUAUAUUACUAAUAUAAUUAAGUCAUCUAGGAUCAAAUCCAUCUUUAAAAACAUGAUUUGUAACAACAGUUUUGUGAACAGUUUCGGGUUUUUGUUUUUCUGUGUAAUCGCUUCAUGUGGAUAUUAAGGUCAUGUAAUGUCACCACACUGAAGGAAACAGGAAAUGGUGAACAGUGUUUGCACACAGUACUUAUAGUGUUAUUUCUACACAUUUGAUUUGUUUUAAAGCCUAAAUGGAAGACAUGGACGAGGAUGAAGACUCCAUUGUAAUCACUGUGUAAUAGUUAUUGAUAUUGCUGAAUAAAAUGUGACAAGAAAUGA